CAGGUUUGUGCCUGCGGCAGCUUCGCGCUUGGCGCUUGUUUAUCAGCGGAGGCGCAGCGCGGCAGCCGCACAGUGAACCAGUGUGAGGAGAAGAGCAGAAACUUGUCACCAUGAAGACCGCUGUUGUGUUCGCUUUUAUUGGCCUCUGUGUUCUGUCAGCACUGUCAUUGGCUGAAGACCUAAAGAAAUCCAAACCUUCUGCAACCGUUUCCCCUGCGGGUGAGUUUUCAGCGAUAACUACAACCACAACUCCCAAGCCUACAACCACAACUCCCAAGCCUACAACCACAACUCCCAAGCCUACAACUACAACUCCCAAGCCUACAACCACAACUCCCAAGCCUACAACCACAACUCCCAAGCCUACAACCACAACUCCCAAGCCUACAACUACAACUCCCAAGCCUACAACCACAACUCCCAAGCCUACAACCACAACUCCCAAGCCUACAACCACAACUCCCAAGCCUACAACCACAAUACCCAAGCCUACAACCACCACUCCCAAGCCUACAACCACACCUUCUCCUACACCUACUGCCGCGGCCAACGUGAGUGUAGGAAACUACACUCUGCUUGACGACAAGAAAGUGAUGUGCGUGAUGGCUCAGAUGGCGCUACAGAUCCGACUGGCAACACCAAAGGCCAAUGGAACCUUCAUUGUUCAGCCGAACAUGGUCAAAACAAAGGGAACCUGUCAGGACACCAAAGUUAACCUUACCCUCGCAUUCAAAGAGGGUUUCAUCACCUUCACGUUCAACAAGAGUGUUGCUAAUAACACCGUCUACGUUGACACCCUGUCUUUUAGCCUCUCCUACCCCUUCAGCAAAGGAGGUAAUGGCGAGUACUCUGCCAACAACAAGUCAAUGCAGCUCUUCCCUACAAAGAUCGGACACUCCUACUCCUGCAAGAAUCAGUCACUCUACAUGGGCAAUGGACUGUACCUGGAAGUCACUCAAGACCGGAUGCAGGCCUUCAAUCUGACCAAGAGCAACGAGUUCGGCUUGCCUGACCCGUGUCCUGCUGACCUGCCCAACUACAGUGUUGCCAUUGGGGUGGGAGUGACAUUGCUGGUGCUUAUUGUGGUGGUGGUGGUGGUCUACCUGCUGAGCCGCAGGAAGAGGGCCGAUGGCUACCAGUCUCUGUGAGGGAGGCUGGGCAGAAGUCAAUCAGGGGUCACUCCCAUUAUAAACAAGGGUCAGUGAGGCUGUGAUCUUUCUCAGGAGCUAAAGGGCACUUCAACUAAAUGCUAACCUGCCAUUUUUCUGUCCUUUUGUCUGUGGUUUACCCAAUUUACUGUAUUAACAGUUGUUUUAAUUAGGGGUCCUAUGUAUGGAGGCUUUAGUGUGACACUAGAAUAGUUGUAGAACUGAAAAGUGUUUUAUCAUAAUCAAUUAAUAAAUUGAUCCAUUUAAAUGCUAUUAUAAAAUGAUUAAACAAAUUAGCACAACAAUUAGAAGUUGCACUGAUAAAUCUAAAGUAAAAAAAUAAAUAAUUAUUAAUUCUUCUAUUCCAUCUUCAAAUACUGAAUUAGUCAUUUAAUUUUAAAGUGGAGUCACCAUUUUUUUCUUCAAUUUAAUUAACUUCAGAUAAACUUGAAGUUGACACACAAAGACAUAAGCGAUGCUUAAAUUGAUCCCAACUCAAGAUGUUAAAACUAAAUUACAUUUAAAUGAAAAUAUUUAAACUGUGUGACACAAAUUAAUUGUGUGAGAAAAUAUGGUUUAAGAAACAUAACAAAUGAACACAAUUAAUGAAGAAAACAAUUAUUAAUUCAUCAUUUAUAGAGAGAUUGAGGAAAUUCUCAUUUCUGUUGAGUUUAAUAAUCCAUCACUUAAAUACUAAAUGAAUUAAUCAUUUUAUAAUCCCCUUUGUUUUAUUAUUCCUGUGGCAUACUCUGGACUCCAAUUUAAAACAAAAUGUUUUAUUUUCAACAUGCCAAUAGCCAGUCAUUAUAGGUGAGAGUGUUUGACCCCAGAAAUGUAUUCUCAUCAGGGUGGACUGUGAAAUACCAUCUCUGUGCUGAGACACUAAAAAUCUUGAUGUUAAUAAUGACGGACUAUACAAACUGACAUCUUCAGAGAUAAAACUGACCAAAAUAUUUCAUUAGAAUCAGUUGAGGUUAUUUUUUCCCAUGGACAGACAGUUUUAAUACCUAACAUUGGCUCCUUUAAUCAGUCUAACCCCACAUCAUACAUUACAGCAGUGGAAUCACAACGUAAAAUCAAAUGAAGUCAGAUUUUAACAACUUUUUCAUCUAAAUUAUAUACAGCUUGUCUCAGCAAAUACACAAUAAAUUUCAUUUAAAGUUUUCUUCUUUGUAUUGGGAUGAUGUGUUUACAUGUUUUUUUAUUCCUUUGUUUUUUAAUGAAUCAGAUCUUGUGUAUUCUGUCAUACAGGAAUUUAAAAAGAAGGGAAGUUAUCCAAUUGCUCACUUUACAGGUGAUUACACUGAGUGUGUUUGCAUUAUGAAUCAGCAGAAAGGGAACAUUUGCAGGACGUUUGUCAGGAAAUAUUUCUCCCUGGUCAACAAUACUUGCACUGAUUGCUGUCUUUAUCAUACUAUGUGUAGCCAAUGCUGUGUUUUGGUAGAAAUUAAGGGAGGGGCCGUCUAUGUGGGUCAGUAAUGAUUCUAGUCUGAUCCUGAUUAGAUUUGUAAUGGAGUCCAUCUCUCCUCUACCGCCAUGUCUUCUCUAUUAAAAUUAAUAGUUUGACAUUUUUGGAAAAACGCUAAACCACUUUCUAGCAGUUUAUCUUGUUUCCAGUGUUUAUGCUAAGCUAACCUGACUGUCUCCUGGCUUUAGCUGCAUUUAUAAAAUUAAAGUGGUCUCAUCUAAAGCAAACAAAUUUCCUAAAAUGUCAAACUGGUCCUUUAAAUAUGCUGACAGGCGGACUGUGCCAUGCCUUAAAACAUUUUUAAAAAAUAACUUUUUGUCACAUUUGCUGAAACUUAAACUACACUAAACAUUCAGGUUCCUCUGGCUCCUCCUGGUGCUCCAAAUGGUAUUUGCAAGAAUCCACCGGGUCUGUAGGAAAACAACCAAUCAGAGCCAAGAAAGAUAGUUGACUGUUGAGUCUCAUGCCCAUGACAUCAAAUAUUGAAGCUGGGAAUGAGACUCAACGAUCAACUAUUUUCAAGCCAGCGUCUUUCCAUCUUUCUCUGCUCUGAUUGGUUGCUUUCGUUCAGUCCCGGUAGGUUCUUGCAAAUACCAUUAGCAGCACUAGGAAGAGCCAGAGGAACCUGACAUUUUCACAGAUUAAAUGUCUCAUGUACUACUGUCAGGAUAUAGUGAAAGUUUCAGAACAUAUGACAAAAAGUUAUUUUUGUAAAAGCUUAAACUUAGUAGCUGUUCUGGACAAGCCAAACCUCUUAGUGCUCAGUAGCUGUAGAGGUCGGACUUGUUGAAUCGAUGAAGGAUCAGACCAGUUGGUCAUGGCUACAGUUCCAGGUUUUGUCCAUCAGGUGAUGCUGUGAAGUUAGAAAUGGACAGAAAUGAGGGACCUUACUGUAUGUACAGUUAACCACAGUGUGUGUGAGCACUUUUACCUGUUGUUAACUUCUUGUGCCAAUAAAGAAUGAUGUAUUUCUAAA